GGGCAGUGCGUGCAGACAUACGGAUAAGUCCUGGUAUUGAGCUGUUGCUGCCUCUUCUUCCGGUAGGGGGUAGCCUAUUGAACAAACAGGACCCGUCUCCGAGUCUGGCCCGUUUGGGACUCAGAGCAGCAAAGACCCAUCCCCCGAUGCUACUGCUGCAUCUCCAUCUGAUCCAGGCACCGCACCUGCCGCCAACGUUAUCAAUUGCGUAUCAUGGAAAUACAGCAAGGACGCACUUUUGCCUAGACCGAACAUCAGAGUCUAGACGGGCCAAAAUGAGCAACGACUACGAGGCAUCAGUCACCCCCAGCUGGCUGACCUCUGACCCCACUGUCUGGUCCAGCAGCAGAGACGGAUUCACAGAUAAUGCCACUUACCCACCUAUGGGCUCCUUCCCCCCACUGCCCCCUCUCCUGGUCAAUCCCUGGGACAUCUUGCUGUGCUCCUCAGGGACUCUCAUCGCCUGUGAAAAUGCCCUGGUUGUACUGGUGAUCUGGCAGAACCCGGCUCUGCGUGCCCCCAUGUUCCUGCUGAUCGGCAGCCUGGCCCUGGCUGACCUCCUGGCUGGUCUGGGCCUGGUGCUCCACUUCACCUUGGCCUACCUGCUGAGGUCUGACUCGGCCCAGCUGCUGACUGUUGGUCUGGUGGUGGCCUCUUUCUCAGCCUCCGUCUUCAGCCUGCUGGCCAUCACCAUAGACCGUUACCUGUCACUCUACUACGCCCUGACCUACAACUCAGAGCGCACUGCCGCCUUCACCUACACCAUGCUGGUCCUCCUCUGGGGCCUGUCUCUCUGUCUGGGCCUACUGCCCAUCACAGGGGUGAACUGCCUGGCAGAGGAGUCGACGUGCAGCGUGGUGCGCCCCCUGACUAAGAACAACGUGGCGGUGCUGUCCGUAUCCUUCCUCCUGCUGUUCGGCCUCAUGCUGCAGCUGUACGUGCAGAUCUGUAAGAUCGUCAUGCACCACGCCCACCAGAUCGCCUUGCAGCAUCACUUCCUGUCCGCCUCGCCCCACUACGUCACAACCAGGAAUGGCGUGUCCACGCUGGCCAUCAUCCUGGGGACGUUUGCCGCCUGCUGGAUGCCCUUCACCGUCUACUCACUGGUCGCCGACUACACAUACCCACCUCUCUACACCUACGCCACCCUGGUGCCCGCCACCUACAACUCAGUCAUCAACCCAGUGAUCUAUGCCUUCAGGAACCAGGACAUCCAGAAGGCUCUGUGGCUGGUGUGUUGUGGCUGUAUACCGGCCAGGGUGGCCCACAGGGCCCGGACCCCUAGCCACGUCUGACCCAGACACAGGUCCCGGGAGGGAAGGAGAGAGGUGCCCUGGGCAGAGGGAGGAGGCAGACAGGCAGCCUGGGCUCAGGCAGGUGGCUGGAAAGGACGGACUGCGUGCAUAGUCAUUUUAGCCGCUUUUACUGAUGUGGGCUUUUUUCCUCAGAAGGAUUGAGAGAUUAUUAUUAGAUUAUUAAAGAUUGUGCCACUUUCCGCACAUCAGAUAAAGGGCUUGUGUGUGUGUGUACAAAAAGAUAGGAUGUCACACGGACAGAGAAGGAGGAAGAGAGGAGGAGAAGUGGAGUGAGGGAUGACAGAGGUGGGGCGAUUAUCAAGAUGCAUACAAGAUGAAGUCGGGCUGAGGGCUCAAUCACCUUGUCUCGCUGCUGCACUCUGAACGUGCCUUGAAAGACAGAUAACCACGGGAGGCUAAAAAUAACCUGGGUGCUCUGUGAUCCGCGUGCCGUGUGUCCGACACAGACUCCAUGCAAAGAAACAAAGCCGCGGAGGCGGAGAGCGGGAGCCUAUUUCUCUUCAUCUCUCCCUAUUUGCCUUUAAAGCCCCCACCCUCGAGCAUGUGAGAAUGUAGGUUAUUAUGAUGUUCUGCUUGCUUUCCAUUCUGAGGUGACAACAGCCUCGGGAAGGAAAGUCCCCAGAUACCUGUAGCACGCACCAUUAACCCUCCAAAUGCCUGUCCAAACGCACCAUUAACCCUCCAAAUGCCUGUCCAAACGCACCAUUAACCCUCCAAAUGCCUGUCCAAACGCACCAUUAACCCUCCAAAUGCCUGUCCAAACGCACCAUUAACCCUCCAAAUGCCUGUCCAAACGCACCAUUAACCCUCCAAAUGCCUGUCCAAACGCACCAUUAACCCUCCAAAUGCCUGUCCAAACGCACCAUUAACCCUCCAAAUGCCUGUCCAAACGCACCAUUAACCCUCCAAAUGCCUGUCCAAACGCACCAUUAACCCUCCAAAUGCCUGUCCAAACGCACCAUUAACCCUCCAAAUGCCUGUCCAAACGCACCAUUAACCCUUAAAUACGUCACGCUGCUUGCCAAUUUCUCCUGAUUCGCUCACACCGAGUCACGAUCGAACCCAGGACGUCCACUUUUCUAGCACACGUGAUCGCCCUCCUUGACAACGUACCAACCAUUUGAGCUAUCGAAAAAUAUGUAAGGCAGUAGCUCCAUCGGUGAUAUUUCACUAGCUGUGGAGUGAGUUUACGGUACACGUUCUUAAGCGCUUCCAGAUCCUCAUUCUACCCCGUCAUAUCAGCGCGCAGCAGUAACUACGUGUUAGUUACUUCAUGGACCGAUAUAAAUACUCUGUCAGCAAUAACAGCCUCUCCCCAGUAACAUGACCACCUCCAGCAUGAUGAUAUACGACGACAACAACCAACAGCCCUUCUGCGAUGCCUAGCAGAGUCCUUAUACACCAGGCCCAAACAAGGACUCAACUUCCCAAGACUUGUGCUGUAUGUGAUUUCUCCAAAUGGGAAAUCAGAUCUUGACUUAUGUGUUUUGUUUUUGAAAAUGUGAAUGGGACAGGAUACUGACUGCCACUGCCCAGUAUUCUGUCAUUAGUCAUUACAAUGUCACUGCCUUUUUUUAUUCUGAAUCUCCUGCUCUAUUCUCUGGCUAUGGUCUUCUUCAAUAUCUUACAAUGAAUGAAAUUGGACUCGGUAAGAAAAUAUCUUACACGUUUUCAGUUGCAUCUGCCUUUGUGAACCUAUGACGUGUUUUUGAGUGUUGUAAACCUAAGCGUCUGUGAAUAAGGAAAAUGUUUCUGUGCAUUUGAGUUGCAUGGCCCCUGAGUGUGUGUGUGAUCUGUGUACCAUAGAAAUAGAAUUCAUUAUAUUUCUAUGGCUUGUAUGGGGGUUUGUGAUCAGCAGCACAGACCUCAUGUAUAUCUGUCUCCAUGGGGACAGUGGCUCUGAGGACUUACUUCCAGUGUGACCCUUUGACCUCAGAGGAAAUUGUCUGCUUGUCUUCCUAUCAUUCUGAGAGAAGUGACCUUCUGAGAGAAGUGACAAAUUCCACCACAGGAAUGAAAUAGAGAAGGAUAUGUUUAAAUGAAUAGUAGAAGCAAAGAUGGUACUGUAUGGUGUACAUGUGCAACGGCUGACUCUGAGCCGUAGUAAGGGGUUAAGGCAACGCCGUCACGUGACUGAUGGAAAAAUAACUUAUAUCGUUAUCACAGGUUCUGGUGGCUCUUCACAGACAAACAAUAAUACCAAGAAAACACUCUCCUUUACCUUUGAAGAAUAAUCUAUUUUGUUAUAUUUAUUGAAAGUCGCUAUUUUUUUUUCUCAGGGUUGUCUCGCCUGAAUUAUGAUGUAUCCAAAGUAUCUUGUAUUUUAAUGCGCUGUAGAGCCUCUCCUGAAUGAAUUGGUAAAGAAAUGAUUGUUUAUUUUGUAUGGCAUUCUGUUGACCAAUUAGAUUCUGUAAAUAGAGCAUGCUUAUCAUUAUAGGGGUGUUCUGACAUCAUGUAUGGUGCUACCUGCUGCAGGAUCCAAGGGGGACUCAGGUGCACCGUAUUAGAAUGACAUCAAAUUUGACCCCCUUUUAUUGUAAUUUUACAGUCUGUGUACAUUUCCAUCCCUAGCCCCUUCCCCCCAAUCCCAACCCCUUCUUUAGGCAGAUCUGCAAAGUCUGGAUAGGUCAAUGCAGUAUGGCAUAUACUUUACUUAGCAGAUUAGCCUGUUGGAGGGUUAGAUGGUGCUGUCACAGUACUGCUUACACCUAUCCCAAACCUUGAGGAUCUGCCAGACCAAUGAGCUAAGGGCUAGGGACGGAAAUGGAACCGGGCCUACCUUGUUUGAUGAAUGUUCUCUCAUGUACAGUAAUGUCAAUCUUUCAUGAUUCACGAUGAGCUUUCAUAGGUGAAAACAAGGGCUUCACAUUAUUGAGUAGACAAAGGAACCACUCGUGUGUGGGUUUGACACAGUACUUCUCUGUUAGGAAUACAUAUUCAUCUAAUGUUAAACUAUUAUUGUGCAGUGUAAUUGCACCGUAAAGUGUCAUAUUGAACUAAGAUGUGGUUGGAGGGAUUUCUACUGUGGCCAGUGGUUGGGGUUUCAAGCAUUGUGGGUGAAUAAUGUGGUUUGGGGGGUAUGGUACCCCGAUCCAGAGCUAAAUACAAGUCUUUUAACACCUCUAUGGGCUUCAGAAUGUGUGGGGCAGGGGACCCUACAGUACAGCAUCUUGUGCAGACGUAUACUCUGUGUUAAAUGUGAAAUGCACUUUAUUUUUUGGAAGAAAAACAACAUACAGUGGGGCAAAAAAGUAUUUAGUCAGCCACCAAUUGUGCAAGUUCUCCCACUUAAGAAGAUGAGAGAGGCCUGUAAUUUUCAUCAUAGGUACACUUAAACU